AUGCCUCCUCUCCGACGCUCGACGAGGCUGAGGAGGCCAGUCUCUGCAGGCGCCGACCCCGAGUCUGAGCCUGAAGAGGAGGUAACAGUGUUGGCAUUGAUGCCCAAGAGUAGGAAGCCAAGGAGGAAUGCUUCCGCUGCGCGAGCGGCCGUCGAGGGAUCAGAAAACGAUGCGGAGAGGGGUGAUUCUGAGGUGGCGAGGGCACCGGGUGAUGAGGACGCUGGAAGUGAGGCGGCUAGCGGAGAGGACGAAGAAGUGGGGGAAGAAAGUGAGAUUGAAGGUGGAGAAUACCAGCAGGAAGGCGAUGAAGAGGACGGGGACGAGGAUGAGGUUGAAAGCGCCUCGUCCGAGGACCAAGACGAAGAGGAAGAAUCAAGUGCCGAAAGCGACGCGUCGGCAGAAAUUCGUGUCCGCAAAGCAGAAGAAAAGACUGGGAAAGCAGACGUCGACCCCAACGAAAUUGAGCCAUAUCCAUUUUCCAAGAAAACCACUCGCGCUUACGAGGGCCCGUUCAAGCGCCAGCGCAAAACCCCCCAUAUCUUCCAGUACAUGUAUGGACCCGAUGAGGCGCAUACCAUGUUGGCCUACAACAUGCUCAACCGGUGGUACGGCCUCGACACACUCCCCGAACGGCCUACGGACGACGACUCUACGAUACCAAUCCGUACGCCAUGGCUGCCACCUGGAUUUGAGGCGUCGCAACAGCAGGCGUGGAGCGAGUGGAUAGAAAGGUACAGGAAGGACGAGAACAUCAGAGAGCGCCAAAAGUGUGUGAAAUUGAGUAAGGCCGGCAUGGCGCCGUAUUUGGUAAAGCCAGAAGGGAAUCUCGUGGUCCUACUAGGUCCUUAUGGUGAGCAGACGGAAGCCACGUUUCCUGGAGGCGCCAACAGAGCCAUUUCUCUAAACGAGCUCGACCUCCCCAUCGACGGCAACACGAGUCGUGGAGGGGCCAAGCAUCCAAAAGGGUGGAUGUUUGAUGUGGGUGGUCUCGUCCUCUCUCUCGCCUGGGCGCCCCGCGUUGAUAAAACCGACCAAGUCCUCGCUCUCUGCGUCGUGCCUCAUUCGGAUCAACAUCACCCCAACACGGCUGAGAAGGACGCAUACAAGGGAUCUCGGAAGCAUGGCAUUAUUCAAUUCUGGAAGUUUAGUGCGAAGAAGGGGAAGUUCGACAUCAUGGUGCCGAAGGCGGAUCCUGCGAUUCUCUUGAGGACCUUGAUGUUUGACUGGGGGAGGGCAAGGCGGAUUAAGUGGUGCCCAGUUGCGCCAGCUGACGAAUCUCUGCUUGGCCUACUUGGUGUUCUUACGGGAGAUGGCAAAGUUCGUGUGUUGGAGGUUGAGAAUGUGAAGCCGAAGGAACGCUCAACAUUCUCCAAGGUCGAAACAUCAAUGUUUACCCUAUCCAUCCCCGAUGAGGACGGAGUCGAAGCCACCGCAUUCGCCUGGGUCAACACCAACCGAAUAGUCGUCGGCUACACCGACGGUACCCUAGCCCUCUGGUCCCUCUACCCCCUCGUCCUCCUCUCCCGCCACCCCAUCCACACAACCUACAUCGUCGACAUCGCCACGGGCUACCCCUCCCGCCCCUACCUCGUCGCCUCCUCCCCCGUAAGCGGUUUCCCCGCCUUAAUCGACUUCACCUGCCCAGCCUACGAAACCACCGGCUUCACCCGCACAACAAUCACCACGCAGCCGAACCUCCUCCAAUGGCACGACCACCUCCAGGGUUUCCUAUCCUGCUACCCUUCUGGUUCCGUCACGGAGACGUCGGUGGGCUUCAUGCACCAUCGAUAUUUCCCCCACGUGCGCCGCGUCGCCGAUUCUCCUAGCCUGCUCACCUGUCUUGCGGCGGGAUACACGCACCCGUUUCUUCUCACCGGCCUUAGGGAUGGUUCGGUGUGGGCUUGCAACGGGUCGAAGAAGAUUUUCGCGUCGAGACAGGAUAGGCCGUUGAAGCUAAAGGUGUUUGAACAUGAAUUUCGCCCGGCGGAAAGGUUUGACGGGCCGGGGUCGGAGGAAGCUGCCGCGGAGGAGAAGUUUAAGGGGGUGAGGGGUGCGGCGAGGAUAUUGCAGGGGUGGGAGGAGGAGGCGAAUGUGUGGAGGAUAGACCGGAGACGCUCGAUUCGGAAUACGGGGCAAAAGAAGGCAACGAGGACGCCGAAAAAGAAGAUGAAGAAGGAUGAAGAAGGCGACCAGGAGGGCGAGAAUGAAGAAGAAGAGGACGGUGGCCCGAUGGAGGUUGAUGACGAGGAACAGAACUCUGCGGCCGAGGUGAGCGGGGACGGGGAUGACGAGCCUGUGAGUAAGGAUACGAGGGCUUUGAUCAACCACGAGCCUUUCACCAGGAUUAUGGUCAUGGAGUGGAAUCCAAAUCUGGAGCACGGAUUCUGGGCGGCUAUAGCGACUGCAUCUGGCCUUGUGAGGGUCAUGGAUUUGGCAAAGGGUGAAACGUGA